AUGGAUUACGAGGCGGCGCAGGCGCACUCGAGCAUGCACGAAUACGAUCCCGACGCGCACUUUGACUCGUCCAGCUCGUCCGGCGGCGACGCCAGCACCUCAUCGCCCUCGGAUGGUUCCUCACCCGCGUACUCGGCCGCGUCGCAGCAAGAGUGGGCGCUCGACCUCGGCCUGACCAUGCCGUGGACUGCUGCGUCCCCCGCCGCGCUCGGCGGCAUGGCAGCGAUGGACCCGGGCUUUGUCGCCUCGCAGGCCACGGCGUCGGGAGGGGCGUUCAAGCUCGCUGCUCGGCACGGACAGGGCGGGAACGGCACGGGAAACGACGGGCUUGCUCUCACGGGCGACUUCUGGAGUGCGGCGCCCGGCCAGGAGGCAUUGUCGCCCUCGGGGAGCGCGGGCGGACAGCAGCAGGACCGGGACGGCGCUCAGCGGGCGACAGACUACUUUGGCGCGCAGGCGAACGGCGGAAAGAACGAGAUGCAGAUGGAGUUUGACGAUAUGGUGCAUGAGGACGUCUGCGGCCCCUCAACCUUAACGGCGCCAACUCAUGCGCUGCCGACACCCUUGUCUUCUCAGCCGGCCUACGCGCACUCUUCGCUCCCUCCUCACAGCGCACCUGCUCCCGCACCUUCCGUCCCGAACGCCUUCCUCCAGCAGCAGCAGCAGCCUCCCCAACAGCAGCAGCCCUGGUCCAUCCCUGUCGACCUCCUUGCCGUCAACGCAGGCAUCGCACCCGCACUUACCAACACCGGCGCACCCGCGACGAGUGGCGUCGCGACACCCUCCCCCCUCCCUUCCCCGACGUCCGAAAUGGCCCCUUCGCCGUACGGCCGAUCGACUCGCGCUUCGAGCGCACGAGGGAGCAUUGCGAGCGCGUCGACUGCGUACGACGGUGUCGGCGAGGUCUACGCGCGGUCGACCCGGACUUCACGAGACCCGAGCCUGUCGCGUCGUUCAGACGGAUCGACUUCGUCCGCAGCGCUUCAGCCAAACGGACUCGUCGGUGCGGCGGCACCCACAGCAAAGGCGAAGCAGGCCGGCGGACCGACUCAAUCCGUCAACUUCGUCGCGCGCGAAGCAGUCCUCGCUGCGAAUCACAUCCCCGCACUCGCUGCUCCUCCGACCUCCUCCAUCCUCCCCUCGCCCUCGAACGUCUCCGCCGCACCACCCGAACUUCUCGUCUUGGGCGUCCCAGCAGUCGGCGCCAAGUCGCGCGUCGAGACGCAGAUCAAGAUCUCCCUUGCGCUGGUCCGACCACGGGGCGGCAUCAAGCGCGAAGAUAUGGAUUACUCGGCGGGCGAGUCGCUUGCGGACGAAAUGGUCAUGCCGGAUGGAGGACUUGCGGCCAAGGCGGGAGACGAGCUCGAGCGGAUUGGGAGCUGGAACCACAUCCGGCUGCCGAGGUACCUUGCGCUGAAGAGCAGCAGGGGAAACAAGGUGGGCAUGACGGGGCAGCCGAAGAAGAACGCCAAGCCUCUGCCUGACCCUACACCCGAAACGACACUCGACCUCGACGUCGCGGUCGUCUCUGCUACCGAACCCAACCGCGAAGUCUACAUCUGCGACAACUGCCAAGCGCGCGAGAUCAAGCGCUCGCAGCGCAAGAAGGACUCAAAGGGCAAGACGUACACGGCGCCGCCCCCGGUCGCGAACGAUGAGCCGCAGUUCACGUCCGAGGAGGAGAGGCGCAAGGUGGUCGUCUUCAACGUGACCGAGUUUGUCGACUUCACCUCGGGCGAAGUGGUCUUGCCGACUCGCGUCACCUGCUACUGCCGCCAUCACAAAGAGAAGAAGGGCUUCUGCGUCACGUACGCUUUGCGCGACCACCUCGGCCACAUCGUCGCGAGCGGGUCCACCCCGCCAAUCAUGAUCACCGACGACCACAAGACCAACUCGAACAAGCAGAGUGCGGCGGCGGUGGCAGCAUCGCAAGCUCUCACUGCGGCGGCUGGGCAGGAUCCCGAUGCGGUCGGAGCGACUGGUAAGCGCAAGGCUGGCAAGGCGGGUGCGGCGAGCAAGCGGGAGAAGAAGGCGCCCUCACCUCCCGCUGCGAACGGUACCUCCAGCCGCCCCCGUCGCGCCGCCACGGGUCGUUCGCGCCGUGGUCAGACUGACAGCGACGACGAGGCGGACGCCGAGCCGGCUUACCACGCUGCUAGCAAGAAGGCCCGCCCUUACGAUGCUGAUGCGCGCCCGUCCCGCAAACGCACGAGCAACCAGCAUCGCUCGCCGACCUUCGCAAUGACGCCUCUUCAGUCCACUUCCAAGCCAGGCUCGCCCAUGACCUCGACGACCCAACUUGUCCCCGAGUCUGUCCAGCAGCAACAGCAACAGCUGGCGCAGCUCAAUGGCGUGGCUCUCCCGCCGCUCAACAGCGCUCCGUCGUCAUCGUCAUUCGGGUCGGCACUUGGCCUCGGCGGCUUGGGCGACGCCGUCAUGGCAGACCCGUCUGCGCCGCCAUCUGGCGUCGUUACGCCGUCUUCCGCCUACUUGCCGAAUGGUCGAUCCGCCUCGAUGGGUCCGUCCUUCUCGAACGGCUACGAUCGGCGAUCGAACGUCUCGAGCCCGCCUCACUCGCCAGGCUCGACCGCUCCCUCCGACACCUUCCAGUCGUUUGCCUCGGCCUUCCCCUCGCCGAACGCCUCGGUCGUCGAGCCCGCACCUGCACCUGCGCCGAUUCAGCCAACACCGCCUGCGCCAUCCUCGGUCCCGUCGUUCGCCAUUCCCGCGACCGAGCCGAUGCCAGCGAGCUUCACGCCCAGCUGGGCCUUGCAGCAACAGCCGAACCAGCUGCAGCCGCCUGCGCCUGCGCCUCGUAUUGGCCGCCUCAUCCCCGGCGAAGGCCCCGUUCACGGCGGAAUCGAGAUCACCGUCCUCGGCGAGAACUUCGUCCGUGAUCUCGUCUGCGUCUUCGGCGACACACCUGCCGCGACGCACUACUGGUCGAACAACACGCUGGUCUGUGUCCUCCCGCCGUCUGCCAACCCUGGACCCGUCGUUGUCGGCAUCAAGGGCGUGCCUCUCACCGUCGAACAGGGUACCGGCCUCCAGCUCUUCACCUACAAGGACGACUCGGACCGCUCGCUGCUCGAGCUCGCGUUGCAGGUCGUCGGGUUGAAGAUGACGGGUCGCCUCGAGGACGCGAGCGCGGUUGCGAUGCGGAUUGUUGGGAACGGACCAGGCGGACAGGCUGCCGCUCCAAGCGGUUCGACUUCCCCGUCGAACGGCGGAAGCGCUCCUACCGAUACCGCCAGCCUUGCAGCCACUCUUGACGCAGCAGCCCGAUCGGUCUACCCGACGCCGGCCACAUCUCGCUCUUCCUCUCGCCGCUCGUCUUUCAGCGACUCGCCCAACGCGUCGACCACCUCCCUUCCCUCUCUUCCGGCCGUCGCAUCCGGCGAAACCCGCAACUUCGAAGGCAUCGUCAUAAAGUUCCUCUCGCUCCUCGACCUUGACCCGUCCCUCAUCCCGGGUGCCGCACCCUCGCUUCCGUCAACCCGCCCGCCGAUCUCGCAUGCGAACGGACAGCAACACACCCUUCUCCACCUCGCGACCCUCCUCGGCUUCCACCGCCUCGUCUCCUUCCUCCUCCAGCGCGGCGUCGCUGUCGACAUGCCCGACCGCAACGGCUACGCGGCGCUGCACUUCGCUGCCUUGUAUGGACGCGUCACAAUCGCGCGCUUACUGCUCGAGGGCGGCGCAUCGAUCAACGUCAGGGUGAACGACGGCCGGACAGCUCUCGACAUCGCUCGCGACCGCGACGACGUCGAUGUCGAAGAGCUGCUGCUGGCAAGGGGCGCGACAACGUCGCCUUCGCAGGUCACGCCAACGAUGAGCAGCGCAGGAAGGCAGCAGCUCGUCAGCUUCUCGCCCGCACACAGCGUGCGCGCGUUGCCUUCAGCUUCGUCAGCCACAUUCGGUCGUCGCAGCAGUUUGGCUAGCUCCUUUGCCGAGGACUCCGCCAGCGAUGAGGAGGACGAUGACGACGAGCCGUGGUCCCUCGAGUCGGACGAGUUCCCGAGCGACUGGACUGUCUCGGACGAAGAAGGCGACUCUUGGGACGAGGACGCGGAUGGGGAGGUCGACUUGCGGACCUGGUCUCGCUCGAGGAACGCGUCGACGGUCUCGCUGCAAUACCUACUCGAGGCCGAGGCAGAGACCAGGGCGGAACGGCGGACUCCUCGCUCGCGUCAAGUCUCUCUUCCCGACGAGGACGACAUUCCAGCCGGACAACCCAUCCUCGCCCAGCCCAGGCCUGUCAAGCCUACGUCGUCCGCGUCUUGGCUGUCGCAGAAGCUCAAGCCUGCUGUUCCGCCGAGCUUGAACAAGCUACAGCCGAUUGCAGGCGUGACGGGCGUGUGGGAGCGAGCGAAGGCGAACCGCUUCGGCGUUCCACAAAUGCACAUGCCUGAGCUCACCGCCUUCCCCGCCAUGCCUGCUGCGCUCACUCGCCACAUCAGCGGCGGCAGCAUCUCCAAGCGACGACGCGCCGCUACGGUCGGCGAGCCGCAGCUGGCAACCGGCGACGGCGACGGCGACGAGACGGAGGGCGAGCUCAGCCCAUCUCCCGGCCGUGACUGGCGGUCGGCCUUCUACGCGCCGCAAUGGUGGCACGCCAAGACGCCCUCGUCGCCUCCUCCGCAGUACACCCCCAGCGACACCCUCUCAGCCUUGCCCGUGGACGAGAAGACCUCGCCUUCGACCUCGACCGCCGUCUCUCGCUCACCUCCCAAGGCAACGCCUGUUCGGUCCCGCAUGCGUCGCCGGUUCUCAGCGACAUCGAGUGCCUCGGACGAGACGGACGCCGAGACGGACGCCGGCAGUGUCAUGGGCGAGGCAUCUCGAACGGCAGACUGGAUGCUUUGGGUCUUCUGGAUGCCGGUCCUCCUCUUCGUUGCAUGGUACGGCUGGCGACACUGGAGCGAGUACGCCGCGCCCGUCGUCAGUACCUUUGCCGAUACCUGCCUUCCUACCGGCAUUGCUCGCCUCCUCACCUGA